CUGAGCUCUGACGUAGCUCUCACCAAACAAACCACCCGGCCUUGGGCUCAAGCUUCGGAAGCCGCAACUGUCUGCAGCAACAUUGGACCUGAAAGCUCGGUUUUUGUGCAACCCGGUGAAUCCGCGCCACACCUCAAUACGCCAUGAAGGUGUCUCUGUCGUCCGCAUCAACAUGACGGAAAGUUCGCCACGACCCGGCGACGACGAAACACACAAUGCGACGACCGAACAGAGCUCCAACACCGAACCUCUGACUGACCGAGGCAUCAGAGGCACCAGCACGACAGAAUCAGAGUCUCCCAAUUGCGACAGGACUGGCUCGGGCGACCGCGAGGACAAGGACAAUGCAUCUGAGGUAACGGUAGAGGGGCCUAGCAGAGGAGUAGGGAAUGGCGGUGACGAUGAUGGAGAGGAGGACGGGGAUGAGGAACAAGACGAAAUGGACGAUGAGGAGGAGGACGACGAAGAAGAAGAAGACGAAGAGCCGAAGCUGAAGUACGCACGGCUAACCCAGCAUCUUGGCCCUGUCUACCGGAAUGGCGAUGCGACAAGUGCAUUUCUUGUCGCAGGGGACAAGAUGAUUGUCGGGACUCACAAUGGCAACAUCCAUGUCGUCGAGCUACCCGCGUUCCAAUCGUUACGUGUGUACCACGCGCAUUCCGCGUCCGUAACUUCCGUCUCGAUAUCUCCGUUUUCUCCUCCCUUGCCCAGUGCCGCCAUGCCCGAGGCUGCCGUGAAAUCAGUUCCAAACAGUCCCCUACGGCCGGCGACCAGCACCUCCGAGAGCCAUGCAUCCCCAGCUGCUGCCUCCCGGAGGCCCAAGGAGCAGCACGUCGUACCAAACACGCCGUCGAACAAUAUCCACAUCGCAACAUCGUCGAUGGAUGGCAAUAUUUGUGUGCAGUCACUGGUCGAUGUCAAGGAUGUCUCGCUGCGGAACUUUGCCCGCCCCGUGCAGGCAGUCGCUCUCUCGCCGGAGUACAAGAACGAUAGGAUGUACUUGUCCGGCGGACUGGCAGGCCAGCUCAUACUGACCGUCGGUGCGCCAACUGGGCGGAGCACGGCCAUGACCACUGGAGCCACGGCGCAAGCUGCCGGCUGGUUGGGCAGCAUGGUUGGGGCAGGCAGCGGUAAGGACACCGUUUUACACUCGGGCGAGGGUACCAUCAACACGAUCAAGUGGUCUUUGUCGGGAAGAUACGUGGCCUGGCUAAACGAGCACGGCAUCAAGAUCAUGCGCACUAAGCUCCAUCUCGAGCAUGCCGACGCUGAGGACGCGUGGCAGCGUAUCGGCCAUAUCGACAGGCCACAGACGAGUGAGUGGGAGACGAUGGCCAGCGUGUGGAAGGGCAGGGCCGAGUGGAUAGAUGAGCAAGCGGUGGAGCCGGACGAGACCAGCGGGGAUCAUCGUGAGGGUGUGUUCUCCCCUGCAGCUGAGAGUCUUAAACAACAGCAGAUUAGGGGCAGCAAGAAGAUCGAGCGGCUGCUCGUGGGGUGGGGAGGCACUAUCUGGAUCAUCCACGUUCAUCCAGGCGGUAUUGGCACAGGAAAGAAUGCCGGGGAGAGGUCCGCUGGACGGGCAGAAAUUGUAAAAAUACUUCGCAUGGAUUGCAUCAUUUCCGGCAUUUCGUUAUAUACCCAGAACCUGUUACUGGUUCUCGCGUACUGCUUACCCGAGGAGGAGGAGGAAGAGGAAGACGAGGGCACGCAACCAUCGGGGGUUCACAGACAGACCUUAUCCGAGAGCUCUAUCGGGAGCGGCGGCCCCCGAGGAGGCAUUCCGCGCAAGCAAAAUGCCCAGCCACCUGAGUUGCGGCUCAUUGACCUGUCAUCGCAAGCGGAGGUGGACAAGGACGGAUUGAGCAUCAGCCGCUUUGAGAGGUUGUCGUCCAAUGACUAUCACCUGGGUAUCCUGCCCGCCCGCAAUGCUGCUGCCGCGGCUUCCUCUCGCGGUGCGCUGGAGACACUCGCGGGACUAGGCACUGAUGUGCUCAACGCUGCGCUCAACCCUAUGUCCCUGUUCAGCUCCGCGGCGAGCGUCAUGAGCAAAGGCAGUGACGGGGCGUCCGGGGCGAAUGUCACCCCGGCUACGGGGCGAUCUGGACGCAUUUCGGUACAUCCGCAUCUCCUCAAACCCGGGAUCAAGAUCUUCAUCCAUAGCCCCUACGACUGUGUGCUGUCAACGAGGCGAGAUCUGAGCGACCAUCUGGCGUGGCUGUUAGACCACCAGCAGUACCAGCAAGCAUGGGAGUUGGUUGACCAGCAUCCCGAGAUCAUGUCCACAGCUCCCGAUGUCAGUCCCGCUUCCCCACAACAGACCCAGAGCACCGACGACUUCUACGAUGACACAGCGUCGGCCGCCGAGGGCAUGCGGUCCUUCUACUCUUCUGCGGAGAAGGAAAAGCGACGGAUUGGCGAGCUCUGGAUACAGGACCUCGUUGAGGCCGGCGACUGGACAAGGGCGGGACAGAUUUGUGGAAAGGUCCUCGGCACGCCUGACCGAUGGGAGAAAUGGGUGUGGACGUUCGCCGGGGCGAAGAAGUUUGAUGAGGUUGCCAAUUACAUACCCACCGAACGCACACGGCCGCCGUUGAAGGGGACUAUUUACGAGGUCAUGCUCGGGCAUUAUAUCCAAACGAACAAGCCCCGGUUCCGGGAGCUGUUGGAGCGAUGGUCGCCGGAUCUCUAUGAUGCGGGUGCGAUCACCGCGGCCCUGGAGGAUCAGCUCAAAUUCCGGGAUGUGCGCGAAGACAGCGUUGAGGACGGCGAAGUCGGGCGAGACUGGCGCAUUGUCAUGGAGAGCCUGGCCAAGUUGCACGAGGCCAACGGCAGGAAUCGCGAGGCGCUGAAAUGCCACAUCCGGCUCCAAGACGCCGAUUCGGCGAUGCGCUUGAUCAAGGAGGGCCACCUCGCGGAUGCGGUAGCGGACGACAUCCCGAGCUUCAUUGGCUUGCGCGUGCCGCAAGAUCGCGUUGGGAAGAUGAGCCACGCUGAGCUGGAGGAGGCCACGGCGGAGGCCAUCUCUCUACUCGUAGACGAGGCCCAGCACGGCCUAGUGAGGCCCGAGGUUGUCAUUACGCAGCUGCAGGAGAAGAAGCUGGAUGCCUACACCUUCUUCUACCUUCGGGGUCUGUGGCGCGGAGAGGGCAUGCACGAGCAUUCGGGCGAGUCGCACGCCCGCCUCGUUACCGAUAGUCAAACGCUAGUGGAUCAAUUUGCCGACCUCACUGUGCACCUCUUCGCCGUCUACGACCAGUCCCUGCUCAUGGACUUCCUCAAGACUUCAACCGCGUACGCGUUCGAGAAGGCCGCCCAAGAAUGCGAAGCCCUGAACUACAUCCCGGAGCUCGUCUACCUGUACUCUAAGACCGGGCAGACAAAACGCGCGCUCUACCUUAUCAUCGACCGCCUCGCCGACGUCAGCCGCGCCAUCGCCUUCGCCAAGGAGCAGGACGACCCGGACCUGUGGGAGGACCUGCUGGCCUACAGCAUGGACAAGCCGCGCUUCAUCCGCGCGCUGCUCGAGGAGGUCGGCACCGCCAUCAACCCCAUCACGCUGGUGCGGCGCAUCCCCGAGGGCCUGGAGAUCGAGGGCUUGCGCGAGGGGCUGAAGCAUAUCAUGAAGGAGCACGAGAUCCAGUACAGCAUCUGCGAGGGCGUGGCGCGGGUGUUGCGCAGCGAGGUCGCGGCCGCGCAGGGACUUUUGCGGGCGGGCCAGAGAAAGGGGGUCAAGUUCGAGGUCGUUGCUCCUCCUCCUCCUCCCCCUCACGCGGAUGGUGGACCGCGCGGGGAUGCUGCUGCCGCGGCCGAGAAGGCGAACGGGGACGCGACGAAGCCGUCACUGCCACCGCGCCCCACCACCACCACCAAGGCGAGGAAGUGGACGCCUGGACACUGCGCCGAGUGUCUCGAGCCGUUUGUCGAGUGGGAGGACGACACGCUGGUGGGGUUCGCGUGCGGACACGUCUUCCACCUGGCCCAUCUGCUCCAGAGACUGCACCCCGGCCAGAAGCAGGAGGCCGACGAUGCGCUGCUCAACGGGCUUGAUGCCGACCAGAGGUUCCUGUCGUCGGCGCAUCUCAUUGGGGCCAAGGUCACACAUGCCAGGCUGCUCAGGGAUCGCAUUGCUGGGGGGUGUCCGGUUUGCGUGGCGCGGGAGGAGGACAUGUAGCGGCGGAGAGGCGCCCCUUUUGGGACGCGGUGGUCGAGAUUUGGCAUAGGUAUUCUGGGGCGCAGCCGCUGUACAUAUUGGCGUGUACAUAACUUAGUGGAAGGGGGCCUGGUUCCUGACCUACAACAAUAACAGAGAGGUGUCCGAACACUCCUCAGCUCGGGCUGCCGUCAUGAGUCGCACCAUCGAGCCUCCACCUCAACAACAUCACCAUUACCAAGGGCGUGUGGCUCAGUUGGUAGAGCGUUCGCUUAGCAUACUGUCUUGUAUGCGAAAGGUCCUGGGUUCGAUUCC